CUGUGCUACGCGCCGCCGGAAGCGGGCUUGCAGAGUAGGACGAAGAAGUAGCGUGUGUCAGUGGGCCUGGGUCCGGGCCCCGCUUUAGAGUACGGAGCUUCGCAGCUUUGGUAGGCGCCCGUGGCCAUGACGGCACAGGGGAGCCUGGUGGCCAACCGAGGCCGGCGCUUCAAGUGGGCCAUUGAGCUGAGCGGGCCUGGAGGAGGCAGCAGGAGCCGAAGUGACCGGGGCGGUGGCCAGGGAGACUCGCUGUACCCUGUCGGUUACUUGGACAAGCAAGUGCCUGAUACCAGCGUGCAAGAGACAGACCGGAUCCUGGUGGAGAAGCGCUGCUGGGACAUUGCCUUGGGUCCCCUCAAGCAGAUUCCCAUGAACCUCUUCAUCAUGUACAUGGCAGGCAAUACGAUCUCCAUCUUCCCUACUAUGAUGGUGUGUAUGAUGGCUUGGCGGCCCAUUCAGGCACUUAUGGCCAUUUCAGCCACUUUCAAGAUGCUAGAAAGUUCAAGCCAGAAGUUUCUUCAGGGUUUGGUGUAUCUCAUUGGAAACCUCAUGGGUUUGGCAUUGGCUGUUUAUAAGUGCCAGUCAAUGGGACUGUUGCCUACACAUGCAUCAGACUGGUUAGCCUUCAUUGAGCCCCCUGAGAGGAUGGAGUUUAGUGGUGGAGGAUUGCUUCUGUGAAGAGGAGAAAGAAGCACCUGGUGCCUGUGUAUCGGGAUCUCAUUUACAACCUUCUUUUGUGCCCAGUGGCUCCUUCUCAGCAUACUAAUUCUUAAA